UAUAUCGCAUGUAAAAGCAUAACACACAACGAGAACGUGAAGAUUAUCGGUUUACUGUUUACCUGAUUUUAAAGAAAGUAAAUAUGUCAUCAUCUGAAGAAGACGAUGAAUUGAUGGAUCUAGAGACGAUCCGUGAUAAAAUGUUAAGUCAGCCACGGGGUGAACGUAUGCAAGUUAGUGCUUGGGAAGAUGACGAUGAUGGAAUAGAGGCUGAACGUAAUGCGAAAGAACCUGAUGCAAAAGAAAUUCUUACUGCGGCGGAGAAUGGUGAACUCGAUAAAGUAAAAUGUUUAUUAUUAAAAAAUCCUGAUUUGCUAGAAUGUACAGACAAAGAUGGUUACACUCCAUUACAUAGAGCAUGUUAUGGUAAUCAUGUAAAUAUUGUUGAGUAUCUACUUCAAAUAGGGGCUAAGAUAGAUGCUAGAACUGUGGAUGAAUGGCAACCAUUACAUUCUGCAUGUCACUGGAAUAAUGUUGAAUGUAUAGCAGCACUAAUUGCGCAUGGAGCAGAUAUUAAUGCCAAAAGUAAAGGAUCUCAGACACCUUUGCAUUUAGCAUGUGCAAGCUCUUAUAACUCUCCUGCAUUGCAACUUCUUUUAUUACAUCCAGAUACAGAUCCAAGAGUGAUAAAUUCAAGUGGUGAUACUCCACAAGAUAUAGCAAAGAGAACAGGGAAAUACUAUCCACUAUUUGAAAUCAUUGAAGAUUGUUUAAAUGUUAUUUGAGUCUAUAAAUAUGAUUUGCUUAAUAUGUUUAUUGAAUAUGCUUAUAUAUACAUGGUAUGUUGUCAUAAAAAAAUUUAUGAAUCUAAAAAUCACGAGCGCAUCAUCGAUAU